AUGGACCUUAUUGAAGAGGCUGGUUUAAUGAAGACUGUGACUCAGUUCUCAAAGUGCCAUGAGAUGUUGGUAAAGGAAUUUAUUGUCAAUUUGUCUGAAGAAUAUGCUGAUGGGAAGUCUAAGGAAUUCAGGAAAGUGUAUGUGCAAGGCAAGUGUGUAAAUUUCUCUCCCUUAGUGAUAAACAAGUAUUUGGGAAGGCCUGAUGUAGCUCAACCCGAGCUUGAGGUGACUGCCAACAAAAUUUGUCAAGUCAUCACUGCUAAUCAAGUCAGGAAGUGGCCUCUCAAAGGAAAAUUGGUGGCCAGCAAACUGAGUGUCAAGUAUGCAAUGCUGCACAAGAUUGGACCUGCUAACUGGGUGCCCACCAAUCAUAAAUCUACAGUUGCUGUAAUGCUUGGAAUGUUUAUAUAUGCUGUUGGAACCAAAGCCAAUUUUGACUAUGGCUCCCAUAUUUUUUAUCAAACUUUGAAGCAUGCAGGAAGCUUCAGUGUGAAGGGGCCUAUAGCCUUUCCUUCUCUCAUUUGUGGUAUUGUUUUGAAUCAGUUUCCAAACAUCUUAACAGAGAAUGAUUCUGUGAAGAAAAGAGACAACCCUAUGUCCUUCAAUCAUAAGUUGUUCCUAGGUACCCAUGUCCCUGACAUUGUCAUGACAAUAAGUGAGACAUCACGUGUAAGCAAUCAACCAGGUAAAGCUGUUGUCAUUGCAAUGCUCAAAGAAACUUGCAGGGAGUUAGAGGCAAGGAAGCUGAACUUGGAAAAAUUGAUUAGCACUUUGAAGAUGACUGAAGGUGAUGUGCUUGGUGAAGCUGCUGAUGCUGCAGAAGGAGCUGAAAGAAAAGGUGAAGAGGGAGAAGCAGAUGCCAGUUCUGAUGAUGGCACAUAUGAUGAUGCUGACUCUGAGUCAGAUGACUAG